UAUGUUUAUGUAUGUUCAAAUAUCGUACAUCCUGUUUGAUAUUAAAUUAAAUGAGUUUUUUUUUAAAUCUGUGAUUUGUUCCGGGGCGUGUCAAACGUCAUUUUACGGCGUUUCUCGACUAGUUUAGAAAUCUCCGAGUGUACGUGAAGGCAUCGGAGCGGCUGACACACAGCAGGUGUGAUGGCGGACAGUAGUCCACAACAAGUGACAACAAACAUCAUGCACAAGUCCACUCCUGCCUUCUCGCAGGUGGCGUUUAAGGACAUCCCGCACUCGUACUCGCCGUGCAGCCCCGUCACCUGCAGCUACACCCUCACUGCGCCCUUCCAGGCCAGCAGCCGCGACUGGGUGGGCAUUUUCAAGGUGGGCUGGAGCACCACCAAGGAUUAUCACACCUUUGUGUGGGUGGAGCCAUGUGGGGACCAGCAGCCAGUGAGCAGGCAGGCGUGUUUCAAAGAUUACUACCUGCCCAAGGAUGACGUGGACUUCUACCAGUUCUGCUACGUGGACAGCUCGGGCCACGUGUGCGGCGCCAGCACGCCGUUCUGCUUCAAAACUCAGACGGAGCCAAGUGCAGAGUCCACGUUAGACAAUGACCUCUGGGUUAUUACCACACAGCACCAAGUGGACGAGAGCGUUCGAGAGAAGGCGGCUCUGAAGGAAGCGGCGGAUCGCAUCAGAGAAAAGAACGAAGAGAUGCAGAAAGAUCUGCAGGACGAGAGGCGGCAAGUCGGCAUCUUGGAGGAGCAGAAGAAGCAGCACAGCCAGGAGAAGUCUGAGCUGGAGAGAGAACUUUCAGAGACGAAGGCUCAGAAUCAACAAUUAGAAAACACGGUGCAGCAGCAAAAGCAAGAAAUGGACAGCUUGAAGCACCAAGUGGACGAGAGCGUUCAAGAGAAGGCGGCUCUGAAGGAAGCGGCGGAUCGCAUCAGAGAAAAGAACGAAGAGAUGCAGAAAGAUCUGCAGGACGAGAGGCGGCAAGUCGGCGUCUUGGAGGAGCAGAAGAAGCAGCACAGCCAGGAGAAGUCUGAGCUGGAGAGAGAACUUUCAGAGACGAAGGCUCAGAAUCAACAAUUAGAAAACACGGUGCAGCAGCAAAAGCAAGAAAUGGACAGCUUGAAGCAGGAGACGCUGGCCCAGAUGACAAGUCAGAUGCAGAUCCAGGAGAACCCUGCUGGGAGCACACCGGGCUGCGAUGAAGAAGGCGGCGGCGGCGGCGAGUGUGAUGACGGUCAUUUAGGACAAACCGAGCUGCAACUGAGAGAAGCUCAGGCCGCCAUCGCAGAGAAGGAAGUCUUGAUGGAGGAGAAGGAACAGCUGAUGUUGACUAUCAGACAUCAAAACGACAUGCUGACUCAAGAGAACCAAAACCUGAGAAGAGACGUGGAGGAGCUGCGCAGGAUGUUGAAGGAACUUCCUACGGCCGCACUCACCCUCUCGCCGCAGCAUGAGGUCACAGCGUCCCCUGGGGGUGAACUCAUACAGACCGAUGCGGGCCAGACGCGCGACCCCUCGUAUGACGACCUGCCCGUAGUGAGCAUCACCGAGGACGAGGACGAAGACAAGCCGGUGCUGUCAUGCCGUCACUGCCUGGAAAGUUUCCCGGGGAUGUCUCGGGCGGAGGUGGAGGAACACGAGCGCAACCACCAGGUGUGUCCUUUCUGUACGCUCAUCUGCGACAACAUGGAGCAGUCGGUGUUUGAAGACCACGUCUACAGUCACGAAAUGUGAUGUCAGAACAAAAAGGGCUUGACAAACGCCACUGAAGCGUUCGCAGUGGAACGGGAAUCUCCAGAACAUCAGGGAUUGUUUAUUCAAAGGGUCUUAAUGAAAUCACAACAUAUUUCUAUUUUGGAUAAUUAAUCUAUUGACAUAAAAAUACAAAUAAACCCUCUUCUUUCAAAA